UUGUUAGGGCGGAGAGAGAAGUAUCUUGUCAGUAUAUAAAAAAUCUUUGUUUAUACCUUAAUGUUUGAAUAGCCCCCGGCCGCGCAGUGCAGUCUGGGGCUACGGGCGGUGUUAUCAGGGAUCCUCGGGACGUCCAUACCUAAUUGAUGUUGACAUUUCAAAUGGUUAAUGUAAGGCUAGGGACGACUCAAGCAUUCUGCAUAGAACUGACCGUGAGGCGGCUGUCGCAACAAUCUACUUGAAAUGAUGGAUGGACUGGAAACCCAGUGACAGCUGUCAUUUUCUGGUGGGAAAAAGAAAUGGCCCUGUAAUUACCAGAAAAGGUAGCACAUCCACCAUGGCAGAAGAGGAAGAUUCAGACUGUUGAUUGGGAAACGAGAACAAACGAUGAUGAAUGAUCCAACAGGAGUGCAUCCCUCAGGCCAUCCGGUGCAUGGACAUCCUGUGCCAGUGUGAUCCAGUUGUGGAGACUCCAGUAAAUCGAGCCUGUGGCCGGACAGGAUGUGUUCCUUAUGAUCCGGCGUCAGAAGACCACCAUUUUCACAGAUGCCAAAGAGUCCACCACCGUCUACGAGCUGAAGCGCAUUGUAGAGGGAAUUCUCAAGAGAGAGCCUGAGGAACAGAGGCUCUUCAAGGAUGACCAGUUGCUAGAAGACAGUAAAACUCUUGGCGAUUGCGGCUUCACCAACCAGACUGCAAGACCUCAGGCCCCAGGCACUGUUGGACUGGCUUUCCGAAUGGGUGAUGAGAUGUUUGAGCAGCUGCAGGUGGGGGCAUUCUCCAGCCCUCCAGAGCUCCCUGACGUCAUGAAACCCCAAGACUCUGGCAGCACUGCCAACGAACAGACUGUGCAGUGAUGGAGGGAGGCAUGGAGGGAUCGGGGAUGGGAGAGGGCUGUCUACAAAAACAGCCAAGGAGGUAUAUAGGUGGCAGGGUAGAGGAUAUGUACCAUCAUUUUGGGUUAAGAUGGGAUGGGGCAUGUGUAACCAAACCAGGUUACUACCAACCACCUUCACCUUAACCGAACACUCCUGGAUCCCUGUGAAUGCUUUGCAAACAGCAGUUACUUUAUGAUAAGAACCCCCCCUUCCUUGCUCCCCAGCCUUCUUGUCAGGUGUACCAUUCUGUUCAAACACUUUGGGAAUGAGUCUGACACAUGGGUGUCAGGCUCAAAUGCUCUCAUUUGAAUGAAUAACUCUGUGUUGGUUUUGAGUGUGACUCUGUGUGUGUGUGUGCAGGGUGUGAAAUUAACUUUUUGGUCCACCAGACGUAGUGGUUGGUGGAUGCCCGAAUUUUACCAGCCACUCACAUUUUUCACCAGCCACAUUUCCCCCUGAAAAAAUGUAAAUCACAGAAAAGACUGUACCCCAUCAUGCUUUCACCACUGUAGCGUUGAGAUUCUAUUUUCCAGAGUUGACACGCAUAUUCACACUUAAAUGUUUUUUUUUUACAUGUGGGCUUUGGAUUUAGAAAAGAAAAAUGCACUCAAAUGCUCUGUAUGACCACCCGCCAAUGUGUCUGGUAAGAAUAGACAUUAUUCCAGGCAAUGCCAAACUACCAGCAUGUGGUUGGUGUUAAUUUACCACCCUGUAUAAGUGUUAGAUAAUUAUUGUUCUUACUAUUACUGUUCUUAAAGGAAAAAUCUACCCAAAACCGCUAAUUCUUAUAAUUUACAGUGUUAAAAGAACACUAUGUGAGAACAAUAUUUUAAAUGUUGUCGUUAUAAUAAGGUUGGUAGCAAGAGGUGGAAAUCGUUGUGGAAAUCUGUUGCAGCUCAAGUCGACUACAAAACCCCCAAUGGAAUGGUCUCUAUGGGCUGGCUAGUUAGUUAUCUGUAAAUUCGCCUAAAGAAACUGCACUAUCAAUUUAGGAGUCUACAAUAUCACCAUGUUCAACAUGCAGAUCGAUGUGCCUCACAGAGGUCUGACAUUCGCAACGGCACCAUGCAAUACUCCCUGGACUGAAGAGGCAGACAAAUAUGAGAAAUGUGCUGGACCCUCUGAAAUUACACAUUUCUCGAGGUAGGAUUUUUGCUAAAUUAUGAUCAGUGGUUAAUUUAAGAGAAGACUACCCCUUGUGUUAUGACAUCGGGAAGUAUUGAAAUCUGACGUAUGAUAGAUGUUUUCGCGAUCUGAAAGUCAUAUUCCUAUUAACUUCCAGUGUAAUGAGAGCGGCUUUAUUGCAAUGCUAUGUCUUACCGGCCAAAUUCCUGCCUGCUUGAACGGAAAUAGCUCAGAUACACAAGAUAACAUGAAAAGACCCUGGUAAUCGAUAGAACAUCGCUCAGAGAUGCACAAAAACAUUCAAAAUGGGUGAAACUUUCCUUUAAAAUGGCAAAGUAGCAUUUGUGUGUAACAAACAAUGUACUGGAAAAAAAUGUGCAUGGGUUAGGAGUCAAACGUUAAAACGUGCAAACAUGCAUGAGAGAAUCCCAUUGUAAAGAACAAGAAAAAAGACUAACGCUAAAAUCUCCACCAUUUUAUAGUCUUUCAUCAUAAAUUAUCUUCGUGUUCCCCAGUUCUCUUCUCUGGGCUACAUUCAAAAUAGUCGUGGAUGUUGUGGAACGGUUGCAGAUAGAAUUGUCAUGAAUAGAUCUGACGUGAUGGCUUAUUUUACACAAAGAGCACCAUGUUUGUUCCACAUCAUAUAUUCUUAUCUGAACACACAGUUCCAGUGUGCUUUUCUGAAUAGAUUUCUUUUCACACUUAGACCUGGAAGGAAAACUCAUUUACACUGUAAGGUAAAUGCUGUUCUACUUCAUUAUAGCAUCGUUAUAGUUUAUUUGAUGUAAUGUGGAAAUUCUUACAUUUUCAGCCCCUUCACUCUUGUUUGUUUGCACUGAGACCAAAUGCUUGGAACUCCUGGACUAAGCAGGAGAACCGGUUGGUUGAGGACAUCUUUUUGUGACAUUUAAAGCAAAACUUGGCAAAAGAUGUUAUCAGCAUUGGACUGGUCUUUGGGGUGGCCUGCCAUACAUCAGGUCAUGUGACAUCAGUUUCCGCCCCAAAUGAAAAAACAUAGACUGUAACUGUGAGCUUAAAUAAACAUUUGUUUAUUUUCUA